AUGUCUCCAAGUAAACUCACCGACAAUACUGAACCUGUCGAUCUUGAAUCAAGAUUUGUUCAAGUCAAACAACGUUUGAUUAAACCUGAAAAUGUGGAAAAGGUUACUGAAAGUUGGAAGAAACUUUUAAUUGAAAUCGAAUCUGAAUUUGCUAGAAUUGCAAAGGCUGGUCCUUCGUAUGUUCCAAGAUGUGACUUUGCUUCGAUUAAAGAUCAAAAACUACCAAAGGAUAUCUCUGAUUUAUUUAAACAACGAGGUGUAGUUAUGAUUGACAAUGUUAUUGAUGAACAACAAAUUGAUAUUUGGUUCAAUGAAUUGGUUGACUUUUGCAAAGAACAUCCAGAAACUGCUGGUUACACAUUUCCUAAUCCUACUGCUUGGUAUAACGUGUUUUGGACCAAACCUCAAUCUGAAGCCAGAUUCCAUCCAAAUAUGAAGAAGUUAGUCGCUACCAUGGCCCAGGAAUUCUAUGUGGAAAAUAAGUCCACAUUGCUUGAUUUAGACACUCAGAUUGUCUAUGGAGAUAGAAUCAGAAUUAGAGAGCCUGGUGCCUCAGCUACUUUACCACUUCACUUGGACUCAUCUUCAAUUGAAAGAUGGGAAGACAAAGAAUACUCCAAGGUAUACGAACAAAUCUUCUCUGGUAAUUGGGAAGAUUGGGAUCCAUUUAAAUUGGACAACAGAGCCCAUGCUAAUGAAAACUUGUAUGAACACAUCCAUGAAGGAAAAUCAACCAUUUGCUCUGCUUUCCGUACCUUACAAGGUUGGUUGGCUCUUUCCAAUAACAAAUCUGGUGAAGGUACGUUAAGAAUGUUACCCAACAUCAAGCUUUCAAUGGCUUAUAUCAUGUUGCGUCCAUUCUUCUGGAAGGAUCCAGAAUCAGGUGAUAUAAAUGAUUAUGAAAUCGACUUGUCUACUCCCAAAUUCCCUGGAGCUGUUCCAUCCACUGGACAAUUAUUCCUUCAAGAUUUCUACCAUCACUUGCACCAGGGUGUUAUUUCUAUUCCUGACGUCAAGAAAGGAUCUUUUGUUUACUGGCAUUGUGAUAUUCCCCAUGAAGUUGAUCGUGAACACAAUGGUGAUGGACCCUCUUCAGUUUUCUACUAUGGUCAAUGUCCAUUGAGUGUGAUCAACAUCAAAACCUUGUUGGAUACCAAACAAGCAUUCUUGAACAAUGUUUCUCCUGAAGAUUACAGGUCCCAAUUAAGCGAAGAUGAUAAAAAGAAAGAGUUCCAAGGUGGUGACAUUGCCCAUUUGCAAGAUGACCCUGAUGCUAAAAGAUCAAUGGGCUUGUUACCUUUUGAAAUCACUGACUCUUUGACAGAAGGUCAGGUAAAAGUCAGACAAAUUGCGAACGAAGCACUUGCUAAUGGUUCUGUUGACGUAUCAAAUUAUAUUUAA